AUGUUGUACUUUAUACUGGUGCUAGGACUUUCGGUAUUGGCUGUGGAUGCCGUACCGCCCUGUGGUAGCCGUACUCUGUGGGAACCUCAGGAUGGAAUCGUAAAUUCAAAUCCUGAACAAGAAAUUGUGCAGCUACGAAAUCAAUUUGUGCAACGCCAUUGGGAACUAAUGACUUUAAAUCUUAGGAAAAAGCUUACGAUAUUUGAACAGAAACUCGUAAAACUUGAAAAUGAAUUGGGGUUGCCUUCAGAAAUAUCUGCUGUUGAGAAAAUAAAUUCUACUGCUAAAAGCGAUGAUGGUGUGCUAAGUGAAAAUGAGCCCGAACAACCUCUGCCAGAUAAUCGUAAACCUGCUGCUGAGAAAAUAUAUUUUACCGAUAUAAUGGAUGAUGAUGAGCCAAAGGUAUGCAAAUUGAAUAAUGAUUCCAACCUCGUAUGCACAAAUUUAUCGCUUGCCGAGAGUUGUGCCGAUUCAAAUAGCUUCAAUUGUCGUAAUGGACUGUGUCGCAUACGAAAUCACAUCUAUGGCCCCAAGUCAUUUUGGGUACCCUGUGAUGGCGAUUGGACAAUUAUCCAGCGACGUAUUAAUGGAUCCGUGGAUUUUAAACGGAGUUGGAUGGAAUAUCGGACAGGCUUUGGAGAUUUGAAUGGAGAAUUUUGGCUCGGCUUAGAUAAGAUCCAUUCCCUAACGACUCUACACGGAAACGCUGAACUUAAAAUUGAAAUGCAGGAUUUUGACAAUGACUGGGGUUACGCCCGUUAUGAAUCGUUUUCAGUUGGCAAUGAAAACUCAAAAUAUCGUAUAUAUGUGACUGACUAUAUUGAAUCGAGUGCUGGGGAUUCGCUCGAUAUGCAUGACCAGAAAAAAUUUUCAAAUUUCGACCAAGACAAUGAGGAAAAUUGUGCCUAUUCAAUGAUGGGGGCUUGGUGGUACUAUUAUUGCAGAACGGAGUAUGUUAAAAGGGUGAACUAA